AUGUCGAACAAAUUGAAUUUUGUGAAGCAGCCAGCUCGGAUUGUCAUGAUUGUUCUUUCAAAUAUGAAAGAGGCUGGUUUAAAAUUAAUUGAGGCUCUGGAACAUUAUUUUUUAGUUGUUUGUAAUUUAAGUGGUUCAAAUCGGCUGCCUUAUUUUGGAAUAGCUACUUUGGGCACUCAAUACAAAGCAGCUGGAUAUCAAUCGCAACUGGAACUGACAAUCUUUACUACUGAAGAUCAAAAAUUAGUUUGCCCUGGUGUAGAGCAUAUUGCAAAACAACUUGACUUUCAACACAUUAGAAAAAUUCAAAUAGUUUUUUUAAAAAAUAUUCAUGACAUGUGGAAUGAACUGACAAUCUCUGAUGAUAAUAUUGAUCACCUUCAAACUUUUGGUACAGAAACCGAACCAUCUGGCUUAACUGAAACAUUGGUUUUAGAGCCAAAAUCUGGAUUUACUGUUAAAUGUGAUAUGCAAGAAGCAAUGCUGAAUCUAUUAUUUAUAUCCAGUUGCAAAGAAUUUGAUAUCAGUUUAGAUUUCAAUAACAUAAAUUUAUUGCCUCCAUCAAUGUUAUCUUCAUCUUCACAACUGAACUUGUCAGAAACUGCAGUCCGACAAUUACUUGUUGUUGCAUUAGUUCCAGCUGAAUCAAUUUGUGACUCUGUUAUUUUUGGAAAUCCACUGAUACUGAAAGCCACAACUUGCUGGAAAUUGGAUUGGGAUGAGUUAGAAAGCAACAAGCAAUACUUUUCAACACUCUGCUACCUCUUGAAUGAAAAAAAACGUGCUCUUGUUGUGAAGCUAGAUAAUCAACGAACAUUCAAUUCAUCAUCAGAUGAUGAAGAUUGCUAUUCUAAAGUUCAGCAACAUAACAAGAAGCAAAUGAUUAAUUUCAAAAAGAACUUUCCGAAUAAAAUUAAAGAUGAACGUAAGGAUAUGGCCAACACAUGUUACCAGCCUCAUUUUGUGCUAUUAUCAUCACCAAGUUGUUCCUUGCUGAUGAAACCUGUAGCAACACGUGAAAUAAUGUUGCCUGUUGAAACAGUACCUCUCAACGGUUGCAGUGAGGAAAUUGAAAUUGAUGGAGAAGUUCAAUCCAUUGCUCAUCUCUUCAAAUAUGUAUUCAAGCCUUAA